UUUGAUCGUCUGCAAUUCUCCUUUCUGUGCGCUCCAAAUGGCUUCUGCGACCGGAAUCCCACCCACUGCCGCCGCGGCGCGCGGCCAGGCUGAAGAGGAGCCGCUUCUUGGGCGGAGAGGCGAUGCCAGUCAGAUGCAGGGGCAGCCGCUCUAUCACAACCUGUGGAUUGGCACUGCUCCCAUUGGGCAAGCCGGCAUCUGGAUUCUCGCCGCCAUUGUCUGGGGCGCCAUCUUCUCCAACAAACUCAUCUUCUUCUCCGGACAUCCGCUCCUCAACUCCGCCGGCUUCCUCCUCGCCAUCCAAGCAGCCCUCAUCCUGCAGCCGACGCACACGCCCGAACAAAAGCGCGCAGGAACCCUCGCGCACUUUCUCUUCCACGCCGUCGGCGUCUCCGCGCUCACCGCGGGCCUCGUCAUUAUCGAAAUCAACAAAGCCGGCCCCGGCCACGAGCACUUUGCCUCUGCCCACGCGCGCCUCGGCCUCGCCUUCUACGUCCUCGUGUACAUCCAGUCGCUCGUUGGCUUCACACAGUACUAUGUGCCCCAGCUGUAUGGCAGCACGGAAAAGGCAAAGGCCAUUUACAAGUACCAUCGUAUUGCGGGGUACCUAAUUGCUGUUGUGGGUCUUGCGACCAUUUCUGCGGCCACGUGGACGACGUAUAAUAUUUAUGUUGCGCAUAUUCAGCAUUGGGGUGUCGUUGUGGCUAGUGUGCUGGUGCUGGUGGGUGUUGUGCCGAGGAUUAGGUUGAGUAAGUUGGGGUUGAGGAGGUAGAGUGAUUGAUUGGGAGGGGUUUAGGUAGGUGGGAAUCAGGGCUGCGUAGGUUAGGGUGGAUGUGUUGACGACGAGGCGGGGGUCGUGGUGGAGGUCGUGGCCAUGAUCAUGGUAGUGGGUAAAGGAAAAAGGAAGCCUGGGUAAAGGGGCAAAUGGGAAACGUGAUUCUGUAGUCUAUGCAUGUAGAUACUCGCAAUGUUCUUCUUUUUUUUUGUUAAAUACAUGCUUGGAAUCAUAUAUGCGUAGUAAAUAAA